AUGCGCCGCCUCAGCACCCCAGCUGUUCCCUCCUCUCCCACUAAACGCUCCAGCCAUGGCAGAGCCUCCCUGCCCUCCAUCACUAAACUGAGCCUGGUGUCAAAGUCUCGUCGGGCGGCUGGUCGACGCAGCACUGUGAGCGGGGAAAGUUUUCUGUACAGGGAGAGCAGUCAGCUAACUGCAGGUGCUGCUGGAGCCUCCAGCCAGCAGGGGGAGCCAAUUCCGUCUCAGUAUGGUUCUAACUCUCUCUCCAUCCCGUCCAAAUCUGCUCCUCUCCUGCACUUCUCCCUGCUCUUCUCCUCAGCCUGCGGCACUCUGGUGGUCAACAUCCUGGGCCUCUCAGGGACCAGUCGGAGGCGCAGCGGGGUGUCUGUCCGGGCCAGCCUUCCUCCCCUCUGCCCCUCCCCUCAGCAGGUGGCAUCUCGGCGUCGCAGCCUCAGCCCAGACCUGCACAGCCAGAGCUUUGUGCUGCAGGUGGGCUCUGUGGAUGAGCUGCGCACCUGCACCCUGAGGCUGGCGGUGUUCAGCAGAGACUUCUCUGGCCUGAGAGAGGCCGCACUGGGCGUGGUGGAGCUGCCCUGUGAGCACAUGGAAUGGGAGCCAGACAGCACCACCACCUACACCAGGCAGCUUAUCCCGACUAAAAGCAAGCUGAAAAAGAGUACGAGUUCUCAGGAGGCGUUGGGUCAAAGGAAGAGCUCGGGGUGUACGCCGCCACGGGCUUUGGGCCAGCUCUUCAUCCUGCUGCAGUACCAGUCUCUGGCAAACCGCAUCAAAGUGAUGGUCCGAAAGGCCGAGAAUCUCGCCAAGCUCACACGGAUACCAGGAGCUGCAGACCACUACGUCAUCAUCAACCUGCGCUGGGAGGGGAAAGUCAUCGGGACUAAGGAGACUAAAGGGGCGAGAGGUCCAAACCCGGUGUGGAACGCUCCCUUUCUGUUCGACCUGCCGCCAGGUGACAUCACUCAGCUGCCAUUGGCCCUGGAGUUCAUCGUCAUGCAGGGCCGACUCUACACGAAGAGCAGCAUUCUGGGCCGCGUGCUGAUUGGUGGAGACAUUUCAGAGGCGGGACGGGGACACUGGAAGGAGAUGUGCAGUCGGGGGCAAACGGAGACGGCUCGCUGGCACAGCAUCCAAUCAGAGUGACUGCUCAACUACACACCUUUUGUCUUCACCUUAAAUCUUUAUCUCUUUCUUUGUACGGCGGCUAUUACACCAACAUGGCCGAGCGUCUGCAGAGCGUC